CGAUAAAAAUACUGGUAUAUCCAAAAAUUACGGAUUUAUAAUAUUUACUAGCAAGGAGGCAUAUGAAAAAAGUCGCAAUAGUACUCAUAGUUUAGAGGGAAACACUUUGAAGUUAGAAAACACGCAUAAUAAUAAUUGAAUAAUGGCAGAAUUUGUAGAUAAUUUUAGUGAUUUGAAAGAAUUGGGAAUAGAUCCCAAUCUUUCUGAACUGGAUGAAAAUUUUGAACAAGCAGCAAAUCAUUUGCCAAUGUUGGUGUCAAGUUUGAGUGAAGAAACACUUUUAACCCUAUAUGGUUAUUAUAAGCAAGGCAAAGAUGGUAUCUGUAACAUUCCAAAACCAUCGUGGUUUGAUUUCAAGGGGCGUGCAAAAUGGGAGGCAUGGAAAAAGUUAGGAGAUAUGUCGGAAGAAGAAGCUAAAGUCUUGUAUAUUGAUACUAUUCUCGAAAUCGAUCCAUCAUUCGAAUUGAACACAAAGAAGGAAAGUUGGAUUGCUGUGUCAACUUUACAGAAUGAAGAGGCUGACACACAGGAUAAGAGUUUAGUUGAUUUUGUAAAAGAAAACGAUAGAGAAAUGGUACUUUUUUUCUUGAAGAAAAUGGAACCAGAAAAAAUAAACAAACUGGAUGAAAAUGGAUUGUCGUUGAUACAUUGGGCUUCGGACAGGGGAUCUGUUGAAAUUAUUUCCGAUUUGUUGUCUCACGGCGCCGAUAUCAACCUCAAGGACUCUGAAGGACAGACUGCUCUUCAUUAUUCUGCUAGUUGUGGUCAUAUAGAUUGUGUUCGUUUACUCUUGGAGAAGGGCGCUCUUCGUAAUAUUGAAGAUGACGAAGGAUUAACCCCAUUGGAUGUGGCAAAUGAUGAAAAUAUAAAAUUGCUACUAGCUUGUUCUUAAAAUGUUUCAGUUCAAAUAAAUAUUUAAUGUGU